AAAAAAACCGACGACUGAAGAACCGUUAGCGGCUCUCCCCACCGUCGUUACCGAUUCCCUCGACGGACGCGUGUCGUCGACUCAAUCCGCCGCUGCGAAACCGCGAACAUUCAACGCCCUUCCUUCGAUCUUUUCCGCCUCGAACUCCAUCGACGUCUCCCCGAAGAACAACGAAGCUCUCGCCUCGAGAUUUCCCCCCCGAUUCGAUCCCCUCGGUGACGUCUCUUCAUUCUCCCAUCUGCCUUUCAAUCCGUCAAAUCUCGUUUCCGAGCUUCUUUCCUCACGCGUUCCGAUUCGAUUCGCAGCCUAGGGUUUCGCAGUGACGGAAGGAUUGGGCUUCCGGCGCCGGAUCGGGGCGUUUCGUUUGGACGUUUCUCGAUUGAGGUCUUCGCCUUCUGUUUUGGUGGCGCGGACGGUGAUUUUGGGGGGCGCGGUGUGAUUCGAUUCGGGUUGGCUGGUUUGAGCUGGGGGAAUGGACGAGGAGAAGAGGAGGAAGAGGAACAAGAAGAAGAAGAGCAAGCAGAGCGGCAGGGCGGCGGAAGGCGGCGGUGCCGCGGCCGUCGCGGCCGGCGAUGGGGAGACUGUUGCGGUGGAGGAGAGGAGCCGGCUGAGCAAUGGGGGCGCUCAUGGGAAUGAGGAGGAGUCCGGUGCUGGGCAGGACGAUGCGGAGGUGGCGGAUCAGGUCGAACCUCUGCCGAAUGGCGCCGAAGAUCAUGUUGACAUACAGUCCAGUUUAGGUGGAGCUGUGGAACAAAACCGGUUGGAAAUCAAGGCUAGUUUGGAAGAAAAUAUUAAGCAUUUACGGAAUGAGAAUGACUUACACAAGGAAAAAGAGGCUGUUUUAGCCACAAACCUUGCACAGUUGGAAUCUGAGAAGGCAAUCUGGCUUCAGAAAGAGGUUAGCUUUAAGGAGAAGAUUGGCCAGUUAUCAGACGAGAAAGCUAAGUUAUCAGAUGAGAAAGCUAUUUUGGAACUGAAGCAGGCUAGCUUUAAGGAGAAGAUUAGCCAGAUCUUAGACGAGAAAGCCAAUCUGGAAUUGAAACAGGAAAGUUUAGAGGAAAAAAUAAGACAACUAGAAAGAGAUCAUGAUUCCUGGGUCUCAAAGGAGGAACAUUUAGUGGAAAAAAUACAAGAACUAGAAAGGGAUCAUGAUUCCUGGGUUUUAAAGGAGGUAAGCUUGGAGGAAAAAAUAAGACAACUAGAAAAAGAUCAUGAGUCCUGGCUUUUAAAGGAGGUGUCAAAGUUGGAAGAAUCCAAGAUUGGUUACUUGCAAGAAAACCGAAGAUUAAAAGAUAAUGUUUUGGAGCUGCAAGGUCAGAUUCAUCUCCUGGAGAAUGCUUCCUCAGUUAAUCACUCAGAUGAAAAAAGAAAGCGUUUUUCAGAAUAUGAGGAGUUAAACUCCCAGAUGGAAGCAGCAUGUGCUCUGGUAGAGAAAUUGAUUGCCGACAAUGCAGACCUUGUUGAGAAGGUGAAUCAGUUAUAUCUCCAACUCGAUCAACAAAAGGCAGCACCUGGGCUUACGUCACCCUUUCAGAGUGGUUCUACUGUAGAAAUUGCUGAAAGCACCAGCAUUGUGGAUCGCAGCUCCGCAUCAAAUGCAGAUAUACUUGUAUUAGAUGAGAGACCAGAGUCUUCAAAAGAUAUUCAGAUGCAUGAUGACAUAACCAGUGAGGAUAAAAUAAACGGAGAACAGAGUCUUCUAAUAUCUAGCUCUGCCAAGCCCGAAGAUACUGGAGAAAUAGUCCAGAUUCCUCUUGAUGAUAAUGAAGUCCAGGAUCUGGAGUCGCAAGCUUUUGAGAGUGAAGAAAAGAAUGUGGUACCACUCUCGGAUGCCCCACUGAUUGGUGCUCCUUUGAGAUUAAUAUCAUUCUUCGCAAGCUAUGUGAGCGGAGCCGAUCUAGUCGACAAGGACGUGAAAUCCAGUCAUUAGCAUAGUGUUACAACCAUUCUUGGUCGUUUAGAAUUUUUUUGCGUCGAAGCAAGCAAGCAAGCAGCAAUUUUGUAUAUGCGAUUCGUUAGUGUCUUGAAAUGGUUCAACUACAUGAUUUUGUAUCCUUAAAUUAGUAGUUACGCCAUGAGCGAGGAGAGUUAUAGGCUACUAUUUUGAUGACUGUUGACAGUCAUUGAAUCUGGUCUAACAUUGACUUGGUGUCAUUUUUUUUUCUUUAUAAGAAUUUAUAAGAAUUGAUUUGUUCU